UUACAUAAUAAAGGACAAAAAACAUAUUCAUCAAUUAGUCAGUCAAGGAAUAAAUGUGAAAAAAUCGAGAAGCAGCCAUAGUAUGUAUUUUGAUUUGGACAUUGAAUUAUACGAUUGGUAUAAUAAGCAGAAAGCAUCGAACAAAACAAUGACUCGUGCGCUACUUCGUCAAGAAGCAAACGAAAUUAUAGAAUUUCUUGAUUAUAAUUUGAAUAGGCAAACUUUGACAAAUUUUUUGAGGAGAUUUGUAAGACGUUACAACAUUAUAUUUGAGUCUCCAGAUACGAAUGAGAGUUUGCAAAAUUCUGUUCAAGAUGAUAAGGUUAAUCCUGUUCAAGAUUAUGAGGUUAAUCAAUCUGGUGCUGAACAAAUUCAGGAAAAACAUAUUCCAAGCAAGCGUUCCAGUGAGUUGGACAAACAAUUGUAUGAAUGGUGUAAAGUGCAGAAAACAAUAACUAAGGAUCUACUUAGUCAGAAAGCAUCCGAAAUCGCAAGAGAUGUUGGAGGGCCAGGAGACAUGCGCAAGUUUGUGCAGGGAUUUAUAGAUGAUUAUAAUAUUAAAUUAGAAUCUGGAAAUGCUUGUGAUAUUUUGCAGAAUCCUGUUAAAAGAGAUGAUAAUCCCAAUCCAUCCAACGCUGAAAUAAAUUUCCAAAAAUUCUUGCAGCGAUCAGAGGAAAAAAAUAUUAGUAUGGAUAACAUUUAUGUUACAUUUCAAAUAGACGUUAUAUGGAAUACUCUUAUUAACACUAUGCUAGCGCACGCAGUCAAACGAAAAAUUGCAACACAAUUAAUUGACAUUAACAAUUUAAAAAAGAAAAUUGUAACUUUUAUGUUUUGUAUAAAUAUUACUAAUAGUAAUUCUUUACAACCUUUUUGGUUUCACGAACAUGAAAUUAACGAAAAUGAAAUACAAAAUGUAUCAGAAUUUUUCGAGAAUAAAUUCCUCGUCGCUCAUAAACUACAAGAAAAAGGAUCAUCAGAAGAAUUAGAUAUCAAGAAUUGUUUUGCAUAUUGGUUUAAUAAUAUGUUUAAGGCAAGACUUAAAGUUUAUAAUGAGGGCGAGAAUAUACCUGGCAAAGUGUUUUUACUCGGUGACGAUUGCACACGACGCUUCUUGUCGGAAAAUAUUGUUCAGGAUGAUGAUUUCGAAAUAGAAUUAUUUACGAUAAACUCAUUGAUAGAACUACUGUAUCCAGAAAUUAUUGAGAGAAUGAACCAACUUUGUCUUAGUUAUUUGUCAAAACGUGUACAGAAAUUUUCUCCUCAAACUAUGUUCAACACAGAAUUCUACAAGGAGUACAAUAUAAGUUGGUGCACGAAUGUACUCAGAAAAGCAUGGGCAGACAUCGUGCUAAAUAAAGAAGUAAAAUUAUGGAGAUUUGUAAGACCAUCAAUCGCGAGAAGAGAAGAAGGUGAAAGAGAAGAAAGAAGACAUUAA